UAAGUCGAUAAUUUAGAAAUCAAGUUGCAUUCACUGAAUUACAAAACGGCGAGAGGUUCAAACAUUCUAACUAUUAACAGUUUACUUAGAGACUCAUUUUGACACGCACCUUUUUUUUUAAAUUAGUUUCAAAUAAUGUCAAAUGUCAAUAAAGCGCGCGAAGUUUAAUCGACAUACAAAUAUAGAAAUUGACGAAGGAGGUUUUGUGUCGUGCUAAUUAUCACUAUGAAGGUUUUAUUUGCUUUGUUAAUGUUGACAUUAGUGACUCAAUCGCAGGGACAUGUGAUAGUGCGAAACGAUUUUGACAGUCCAGGCGCAGAUGGUUCCUACCGAUGGGCGUUUCAGACAGAUGGUGGUAUAUACCACGAGCAGCGAGGGUCUCUCCAGCCUGCUGCCUCCGGAGUACCAGCUCUGGUUGUAGAAGGACAGUACCAGUACACCGCUCCAGAUGGACAGUUGAUCCACGUAUUCUACCGAGCAGAUGAAAACGGAUUCCAGCCAAAACUCUCUAAGCAAUGAUAGAUAACCGCCAUUUUUGUAACUGUAUUAGUGUAUAGUGUCAAGUUCAGAUUGUCGUUAAUGUCAAAUGUCAAAAUGAAGUUCUGUAAUCGUUUGAAGUUCUUUUGAGAACCAGUUCAUUAUUAUUAUUAUUUUGAAACGUGAUAAUUAAACUACUUUUACAUUACGACAUGUAUCGUCAGUAUAAUGAAUAAAAGUAAUAAAAAAAUACCUUCCAAAAUUAUUUAUAGGGUUUUCCUCCACAUCUCAAAGAGCACUUAUCGAAAGUUAAUCUUGAAACUGUUUCUUUAUUUGAAAUACUAUAAUCUAUUAUAUUUGUAUAGCUUUCAUGAAAUUUGUGACCAAAUAUUUAGGAUAUUUAGCACAUAUAGCUAAAUAUAUGUUCUAGUAAUUCAAAUAUUAUCAACUUCCUACAAUAGACAUUUUAUAAAUUAAAAAUACAGUUUUAUGCGAAAUAACGUGGAGGGAUUUUGUUUAAACAAUAUUUUAUAUUAAAUGGGCUCAUCAGAUGCCCAUUUAAUAUAAAAUAUUAAGAUAAGAUAAGAUGAGGCUCGCAAGUACGGUCAGUGGCGUAGCUACCUAGGGUGGCACGGAAGUUGGUGGUGCUACCCCAUCGAAAGUAAUAUAUAAGAUCCACCACCGUCGCCCGCCCUAUGCUACGCCAGUGAGUGUGGUACCGGCCUUAUAAGAAUUGGUACGCUCUUUUCUUAAAAGACCGUAUGUCGUUUAAUAUUUAGUAAUUAUUACAUAAAAACGAACAUUACAGACGAAAUAAUUUAGUACAUUAUUUGAAUUACAGAAAUUAAGGAAAUAUAUCUAUUAUUUUAUUGAAUUUUUGGGAAAGUUAUAUUUCCGCUUCUGACGCCACUAUUUUCAUACAUUAUUGGAUCCCAGUACAAAAAUAGCUAUAUUGUUAAAUUAACUUAACUAUAUUAAGCAUAGCUAUAAUAUUAUUUCGUUUGAAAUCGCUUAAGAUAAAAAUUUAAAUCGAAAAAGCGUAUCAUUUAAUGCAAUUAUAUAUGUAAACCCAUAUUCCGUCCCGACAUAUUUAAGUUUAUGGCUUAUUCUUAAGAGGU